CCUGGUCAGCUGACUCUUAACUUCCUGUAUGUGUGUUGAAGAUAUGACUGGACCCAUACAGGAAAUGACCCGCAACAGCCAGCAGAGAGAGCCAAUCCCCUUCACCCCAGUGUCCUGUCACGAGAAGAUGGGAGAGGUUCUGUACGAGGAGCGCUGCGUCCCCGCCGGUCACUGGGCCAGUGUGAUUAAAGGAGAAGAUCUGUACGAGCAGAGCAUCUCGAUGGGCUUCAUGAAGCUGAUGCGCUUCAUCUGCAAAGAAAACUCUGCAGGGAGAUAUUUGGGGAUGACAGUGCCAGUGAUAAAUCACGUCCACAUGACGCCGGAUGGACUGUCCUUUGAGAAAGACGUCCAGACGUCCAUCUUCCUACCGGCAGAGUUCCAGGCAGAGCCCCCCCGACCCUCCGACCCCGACAUCACCAUCGUCUACCGAGAGCCAAUGAGAGUCAUCGCCAGGACGUUCUUUGGGACAACCACGGAGCAGACGCUGAGUGCUCAGAUCGCCGUGCUGUGGGAGAUUUUGGGCGCCGGCGCCGACGUCUGCCCAGACAGCUUCAUGGUGGCGGCGUACGAGAACCCCGGCGUCCCCCGCCGCCGUAACGAGAUCUGGUUCCUCCGCCGAGACCUGUAGACGUCCCAUUGUGCUCUGCUGCUUCCAGUUUGUUGUUUCAUGUCAUUGACGCUACGCUCCGAGUUACCAGAUCGGACGUCGUACUCCCAGAUUCACUCGGUCUGAAUGUUGACUGUAACCAUGGCAACAGUCAUAAGAUAAGCAGACUGUUAAUGAGACUCUGCAGCUCUAAUGUCUCUGUGAUGGAAUAACGAAACGAAUAACGUACGAUACACAAACAU